GGCGGCACCUUGGCGGUGUGUGGGUGUCACUGGCAUGUGGACAGGCAGCCUCCUCCUGCUGCCCUGCCCAGUGGGAGUCGUGACUCCAGCUUCCUGAGCCCCCCCCAGGUGGGUGGAAGGGGAUGCCGUUUCCCCGCCUCCAGCCCUGGUGCUGUCUGUUGGGACAGGGGACCAAGGCUUUUUCCCUUGAGGUGACAGCGUGUGGGGGGACAGGCCUGCACUGCGUUGUUUUCCCAGAAGGUGCCGCUGAAGGAGGGAGAUUUUGGAUGACCUAGUUUUGGGGGGUGGGGGGAGGACAGGAACAAGGACUGGACCUUGGAUGGCUGACCCUCUUAUCCAGUCCUGACAUGGUGCUGGGAGGCGGUCAGAGUCUGGGGAGUCCCGCUUCUGAUGGGCUUGGGGGCACCAGAGCAGGCCCAGGGUGGAUGCCCCUGCCACCUGGCCGUCAGGGCUCUCCCUGGGACCGGCCACCAGGAGUUCCAGCGUCCAACUUCAUUGAGGGGGCGGACCCAGAGCAGUCCAGCCCCUCCCCGGACCAGGGCCUCAAAUACCCGCCUGAGCCCUGGCACCAGAACUGCUGCCCCGCCAAGCGAGGAGUCUGUGUUGUGCCACAGACACACCCCCAGCCUGGAUCUCUGACCUAGAUCCUGAGCCUCGGCUGCUGCCCCAUCCGCAUCCCAGCCGCCCGCUCCGCGCCAUGGGUGGGUUCCGGGCCCUAAUGGCCGCGCUCUGGGCGCUGGGGGCCGCCGGGGCCGCGGCGCUGCGCAUCGGAGCCUUCAACAUCCAGAGCUUUGGCGACAGCAAAGUGUCGGACCCAGCCUGCGGCGGUGUCAUUGCGCAAAUCGUGGCUGGCUAUGACAUCACGCUGGUGCAGGAGGUGCGAGACCCGGACCUGAGCGCCGUGUCCGCGCUCAUGGAGCAGAUCAACAGCGUGUCCAGGCACGAGUACAGCUUCGUGAGCAGCGAGCCCCUGGGUCGGGACCAGUACAAAGAAAUGUACCUGUUCGUCUACAGGAAGGACGCGGUGUCGGUGGUGGACACGUACCAGUACCCGGACCCGGAGGACGCCUUCAGCCGUGAACCUUUCGUGGUCAAGUUCUCCGCCCCCGGCUCGGCUGCCGGGGAGCUUGUGCUGAUCCCGCUGCACGCGGCGCCGCACCAGGCCGUGGCGGAGAUCGACGCUCUCUACGACGUGUACCUGGACGUGAUCGACAAAUGGGGCACCGACGACUUGCUGUUCUUGGGCGACUUCAAUGCGGACUGCAGCUACGUGAGGGCGCAGGACUGGCCGGCAAUCCGCCUGCGCAGUAGCGAGGUCUUCAAGUGGCUCAUCCCGGACAGCGCGGACACCACGGUGGGCAACUCGGACUGCGCCUACGACCGCAUCGUGGUGUGCGGCGCCCGCCUGCGCAGGAGCCUGAAGCCCCAGUCGGCCGCUGUGCACGACUUCCAGGAGGAGUUCGGCCUGGACCAGACUCAGGCCCUUGCCAUCAGUGACCAUUUUCCUGUGGAGGUGACCCUGAAGUCCCACUGAAAACCUUCAAGGCCUGGUCAGGGCACGCUGCCUCCAGACUCGACCUGAGGAGGACUCUGGCCCCCACAGAUCUCCUUCCGGAUGGCUGGCCAAGCCCCAGCAAGCCGUGGGGCAGGGCUGGCUGGACAAGAGGCUGUGGACACAUCACAGGCCCACUCAGCCUGUCUCCCCAUCUGUAAAAUGGGCUACGACAUCUAUCUCCUCCUCGUGAGGAGCACCUACAGGGCGCCGGGCACGUGGCUGUGCUCAAUAAAUGGGAGUGAGCACUUAGCCAGGA